GCACGAGGGCGUGACGAGUCCGUGUAGCGAACUGCACCGAGGAAGAAAAUUCGUGCCGCUGUAGUUACUCUGCAUAUUUAUGAGUUAUACGGGUGGGUUAUUCAUUAUAACAACGGGGGACUAGUAUCUUUAUUUACAUGAAAAUGCGAAAUAAUGUAGAAACUAAGUCACACAAGUGAAGAAGAAUAUGAGGAGUUCUCAGAAACAGCAGAGUUUGAAUUAAUUUUAAUUUACCAAGCUCAGAUGAGCACGUGCCGUCAGUAAUUUUGCUUUAUUUUGUUUCAAGCAGACGGUUUAAAACCGUUCUGCCUUCAGUUUCUACGUUUGUUUUCGAUUGUUUGUGGUCGCGCGGGGCUCCUCUCUGUCUCCCGGGCCGUGAUACUCAGCAGUUUAUAAACCCACAUAAAUUAAUGAUUUUAUCGGAUCUCAGUUCCCCAGCGCGACUGGGCAGAUUGGCGGUUUUUCUCAGUGAACUUCACACCCAAAAAUCCAGUGUGAGUUCACCUCACUUGAGUUUAACACUAACCGUUUGAAAAAAAAGAAACAGUUGAGGGACGUCGGAAACUACUAACUGCGCUGCGCAGCUGCGUCAGUGUAAAUCCCCAGAGGCUCCGCGGAGCGGUGUGUGUGUUCUGGCGCAGGGUCUGCAAGAGCACCGGCGAGUUACCACGUGACUAUCGCAAGUUGUGUUUUCCCGCCGCGCCGCGUGAGCACCGACCGCGCGCUUAGCCGCCACGCGGAAGGAGCGCGUUUGAUGCACCUGGGAUGUGAUCAGUGACGUAUCGAAAAAACACGGAGCGGUGAUCGGAGCUGCGCUUGGUUCCGGUGGUAGUUGUCGUAUUGAUCAUAGUGGUCACUGUCUCUCAGUGCCGUACUAGAGGCGGGAUUCAGACAGAGUCGAGGAAGUGCCCACUGCGGACAGCGGACCUGAAGGAGAGCGGGAGAGAGUACAAGAGGGAGGACCGAGGAGAGGACCUGAGAGAGAGCAGGGAAUGGAGGGCAGAGCGGAGGGCGCGAUGCGGAAACGGCAGAGCUCGGCUGUCCACCCGUCCUCCUUCCAGCCCAGCCGACAUGGGUCCAGAGAGUCCGACUCCCUGCUGAAGAAGCCGCUGUUCCACCUGGACCUCUGGUUCUAUUUCACCUUGCAGAACUGGGUGCUGGACUUUGGAAGACCCAUUGUGAUGGUGGCCCUGCCCCUGGAGUGGUUCCCACUGAACAAGCCUAGUGCUGGAGAUUACUUCCACAUGGCCUACAAUGUUAUCACACCCUUCCUGCUGCUGAAGCUGAUCGAGCGCAGCCCUAAAACCCUCCCUCGCUCAGCUGUGUACAUCUGCAUCAUCACCUUCGUCAUGGGCGCCAGCAUCCACCUGGUGGGAGACUCGGUGAACCAUCGCCUGGUGCUGAGCGGCUACCAGCUGCACCUGUCCGUUCGGGAGAACCCCAUCAUGAAGGAUCUGCAGCCGGCUUCCCUGGUCGAUUCCUUUGAGCUCCUUUACUACUAUGACGAGAAGCUGGGCCACUCCAUGUGGUACGUGCCUUUCUUCCUCAUCCUCUUCGUCUACUUCACGGGGUGCUUUACGAACACACGCGAGGAGGGCACAAUGCCCCUUUCUGCCUGCAUGCUGGUGGCUCCCAGUGCCCUCUACUACUGGUAUCUGGUGACCGAGGGCCAAAUCUUCAUCCUCUUCAUCUUCACCUUCUUCGCUAUGAUGGCCACGGUGAUGCACCAGAAACGCAAGGGCUUCUUCCUGGACAGCAAUGGGCGCUUCCUGCUAUAUAGCUUUGGCCUGGCACUGGGCUUGGUGAGCGCCUGGGUGGCCUCCCUGUGGAACGACCCCGUCCUCCGCAAGCGAUACCCUGGUGUCAUCUAUGUGCCCGAACCCUGGUCCUUCUAUACCCUGCACAUCAAAGACUGGCACUAGCCAAUGGCAGCAGUGCUGAACUUCAGUGUUCCAGGAAUGCGUCAAGGAAGUGGUGCUUCUGCUGGAACAGUUAUGCUCCUUGACGACCCGUUCCUAGACUGGAAUGUCACACACACACACGCCCCCCCGGCUCUGGACCCGUGUACCUGCUGUGGCAGAUGCUGUUCACCUGUUCAGCACCUGGAGUGCUCUUAUUGGUUGGUGUAUUUAUGCAGAGACCUGCCUCAAAGCCCUGGUGACCCUUCCUCAUGUGUGUGCCCAGGUCUCACCUCCUACUUAUGUGCAGGUGAUCCUGAGCAGCACCUCUCCAUUCAGCAUGUUCCAGAGGUUUUACCCUUCUUAUCCUCCCCUCUCCUCUUUCAUAGUUUUUUUACAUGAAAAAUUGAAGGGGGGGUGGGCAUCAGUCCAUUUUAAAGCUGGAAACUUGCAUGUUUGACCUUCUCGGUAUACAGGAGUGUUAUUAACCCCUCCUGGACCAGUGCAGAUGACUGUUGCUGACCUCUUGCACGGCUGGCCCAGUGACUCUGGUAACAGUCCUCUAUAGGCAGAUGUGGAGGUGCCUAAUAUUCCUCUUGCCCCAUUUUCUAAACAUGUUCUGUUUAUUUCUCACACUGGAAAUUCAACCAAUAAUAAAAACAAUUAAAACAUUUUAAC